AAUCUUUAUUUUUAUAAAAAAAUGUAAAAUAUUUUAAUAGUUUGUUAUUAAGUUAAAAUGAAGCUAGAUCCUUCACAUUUUUGUUAUUUGACUAACACUGAAUUCCGAGUUCUCACGGCCAUAGAGAUAGGAAUGAGGAAUCAUCAGUAUAUUCCACUUAGUCUUAUUACAACCACGGCAAAUUUGAGAUCGGUCGGUAUGAGUAAGGUCAUUUCUUCACUUCUGAAGGCAAAGUUAAUCGUUCAUUGCGGAAAGGUGUAUGAUGGAUACAAGUUGACCUUUUUAGGAUUAGAUUACCUUGCUUUAAGAGCUCUUUCUAAAAGAGGAGUUAUCGCAUCAGUGGGUAGAAGGAUAGGUGUUGGAAAGGAGGCAGACGUUCACCUAUGUAAAGAUACUUCUGAUAAUUUAGUGGUUUUAAAGUUUCACAGAUUAGGAAGAAUUUCAUUCCGUUCAGUAAAAAAUAACAGAGAUUACAUGGGUAAUAGAAAACAUGCAAGUUGGAUGUAUUUGUCCCAGCUUGCAGCUAAAAAGGAGUAUUCAUACUUAUCAAAUCUCUACGACGAGUCAUUCCCAGUGCCUGAGCCUAUUGACUUUAAUAGGCACGUUAUCGCAAUGAGGUUUAUUGAUGGUAUUCCACUCUCGCAGGUAAAGGAGAUGGGUAAUCCAAUGAAGGUUUUACACAUUUUAAUGGAUUUGAUAGUUAAGUUGGCUCGGUUGGGGAUUAUACAUGGCGAUUUUAAUGAUUUCAACCUAAUGAUAGAUGAGGAUGGGAAUAAAGUCACAGUGAUAGAUUUCCCUCAAGUUAUCUCAGUUUACCAUGAGAACGCACAGUUCUACUUUGAUAGGGAUGUUAAGUCUGUGGUAGAAAUGUUCAAGAGGAAGUUUAAAAUAGAAGUUGUAGAGUUCCCAAGCUUCCAUGAUGUUGUUAAAACAGUGGAUAAGUCCAAGGUUGAGAAACUGAAGGUGGAUAUUACCAAAGUUGACGAUGAAUUUCUGAACGAUGUGUUUCAAAAUCUGCGUCAAGAGGGAGUUGAAGGUGAUUUAGAUCCUGAAUCAGUUGCUGAAGAAAUGGAUGAAAUGAAACUUGAAAAGGAGUACUAUGAAAUCAAAGAAAUACACUCAGACGAAGAGGAUAGUGAUGAAAAUGAGGAAGAAGAUGGUGAUGUUGAAAAUACUUUAGAAAACGAUCGAGAUGAUGAAACCCUCUCAGAAGAUGAUGUAGAUGGAGAAACCGAUAGUGAUGAAAAUGGUGAUGAUCAAAAUCCUAAACAAAUCCAGAUUUGGAAACCACACGUUAAGAGAGUUGGAAAUAGAGCAUAUAACAGAAGACUUAAAUCACAAACCAAAAAUAAAGCAAAAUCAGAGUCAAAGAAGGACAUGAAACAAAGAAAGAUAAAAGAUAGCAUAAAUAACAUAAAAGACAUGUGGUAAGGUGUAAUAAUGUAAAAUAACUGCUGGAAUAAUAUAAUAAGAAAUAGUGCUAAGUAUAUUUAUGGUAUCA